CGUUCCCCUUCUCCUCCGCGGGAGCUGAGCGCCAAACUCAAACUCUGUCAGGCCGGGGACUUCUUACAAACUGGCACUGAGGCCCAGGCCUGCUGGGCUUUUUCUCACAGCCGUCGGGGCAGCGGUCCGACAUGAGUCAAGUUCUGUUCCAGGACCUUGUCCCCUUGCAAGUGAAGUGCAAAGACUGUGAGGAGAGGAGAGGAAGUGUCAGAGUGAGCAUUGAACUACAGUCGCUUUCUAACCCAGUGCACAGAAAGGAUUUAGUCAUCCGUCUGACUGAUGAUACAGAUCCAUUUUUUCUAUAUAACCUUGUUAUAUCUGAGGAAGAUUUUCAAAGUUUAAAAUUGCAGCAGGGUCUCCUGGUGGACUUCUUAGCUUUUCCACAGAAGUUUAUAGACCUCCUUCAGCAGUGUACCCAGGAACAUGUGAAAGAGACUCCAAGGUUUCUGCUGCAGCUCAUUUCUUCAGCAACUCUUUUGGAUAACUUGCCAGUAUUUUUAAAUGUCGUGGAGACAAAUCCUUUCAAGCAUCUUAUUCACCUGUCAUUAAAGCUUUUACCUGGAAAUGAUGUAGAGAUAAAGAAAUUUCUAGCAGGCUGUCUGAAAUGCAGCAAGGAAGAAAAAUUAUCAUUGACUAAAUCACUAGACGAUGUUACCAGGCAACUGCACAUUACACAAGAGACGUUAUCAGAGAAAACACAAGAAUUAGAUAAACUGCGGAGUGAAUGGGCCUCACACACAGCAUCAUUGGCAAAUAAACAUUCUCAGGAGUUAACAAAUGAGAAGGAAAAAGCCUUGCAGGCACAGGUUCAGUACCAGCAGCAGCAUGAGCAACAGAAAAAGGAGCUGGAAGCCCUCCAUCAACGAAAUAUCCACCAGCUUCAAAACAGAGUGUCUGAAUUAGAGGCAGCUAAUAAAGACCUCACUGAGAAGAAGUAUAAAGGAGACGCCACUGUCAGAGAACUGAAAGCGAAACUUGCUGGUGUGGAAGAGGAGCUGCAGCGGGCUAAGCAAGAGGUCCUUUCUCUGAGAAGAGAGAAUUGUACUCUGGAUGCCGAAUGCCAUGAGAAAGAAAAGCAUAUUAACCAGCUACAAACAAAAGUGGCAGUUUUAGAACAGGAAAUCAAGGAUAAAGACCAGCUUGUUCUGAGAACAAAAGAAGCAUUCGAUACAAUCCAAGAACAAAAGGUGGCUUUAGAAGAAAAUGGUGAGAAAAAUCAGGUCCAACUGGGAAAACUUGAAGCUACAAUAAAAUCAUUAUCAGCAGAACUUCUGAAGGCAAAUGAAAUUAUCAAGAAGUUACAAGGGGAUCUUAAAACUCUCAUGGGUAAAUUGAAACUGAAGAAUACAGUUACUAUUCAGCAAGAAAAACUAUUGGCUGAGAAGGAAGAAAUGCUACAGAAGGAGCGAAAGGAGUUGCAGGAUGCCGGACAGUCUCUUCGAGCCAAAGAGCAAGAGGUAUGCAAAUUGCAAGAGCAAUUAGAAACUACAGUUGAGAAACUUGAAGAAAGUAAACAACUUUUAAAAAAUAAUGAAAAAUUAAUCACGUGGCUAAACAAAGAACUAAAUGAAAACCAGCUGGUAAGAAAACAAGACACACUGGGCCCCUCUACCACUCCGCCUGCACGUUGUAGCAGCACCGCCGUCAGAAGUGGGGUUUCUCCCAGCCUGAACGUGGUUGAUAAUAGACUAAAUUACCCAAGCUGUGGAAUUGGCUAUCCUGUCUCUUCUGCGUUUGCAUUCCAGAAUGCUUUCCCUCCUGUAAUAUCUGCCAAAAACACCAGUCAUCCGAUCUCAGGACCAAAGGUUCAGUUUAACUUGCAGCUUACAAAACCAAGCACAUCGCUAGAUGCGCAGCCAGGAACAGCUGUUAGCAGGCCUUGUUCAACUGAGAAAGAAAAUAGUGAAAAUUUAGGACUGGAAUCCAAAUACCUGAAGAAAAGAGAAGCUAGUAUUCCUUUACGUGGACUCAGCCAGAAUCUGUUUAGUACUUCAGACCAUCAGAAAGAUGGCAUACUGGGAACAUUACAGACAUCUUCCAAACCCACAAUUCUCCCCUCUUCAUCUUCAGCAUAUUUUCCUGGGCAAUUACCAAAUAGUUAAUCCAGCACCUUUCAUUUCUUACUGACAGUUUAGACAACAAAACCAAUUUUUCUUGUUCCUGUUAGAUCACCUGAAUCCUUUGUAAUACUGCUGCCAUUUACAAACUUAGGAGAUUGUCAAAGAUUCUGAGUAAAUGGUAUUUUUUAUUCUGUAAACAGAAUGUUUCUAAAAAUAUCACUGAAUUUUAUCAGAUUCUUACCACUUGGUCUGAAUAAGAAACAGCCUAAAGAAAAAUGUGCCCUACAAGGGAAUAGUAACUAGAAAGCUUGUGAUUCAUGCUAUCAUGUUUAUUAGUAUAGCAAUUCUUAAUUGGCCACCUGAGAAUUGGGAGAAAUAGCUUCCAUCUGUGAUUAUUGAUCUUUACACCAAAGUCCUUAUACUUUUAAAGUUUGUUCUUUUGGGUUGUUUUGUUUUGAGACAGGAUUUUUCUCUGUAGCCUGGAACUCACCUGUACUGUAGACCAAGCUGGCCUUGAACUUAGAGAUCCACCUGCCUCUCCCAGAUGCCUGGCUCAUACAUUAUAUUUGGAUUUAUUCUUCCCCCUUCCAUCUCUUCCCAGAUGGUCUACACCUCCAUCCUGGUUAUGGGCUCUGCCCUGGAGUUUGGUUGAUAUACCUACCCAUUGACACUCUUAAGCACUUUAAAUCGCUGAAAUGAAUUAAGUAUUCAUAGUGAGUAAAUUCUUUUCCCUGAAACAUUUCAUCUAUGAAGUAAUUUUAUGUAUUUUUAUGUGAAAAUAAUUUGGACAUUGUAUUCACAUGGCUAAAUUGCUUUAGUCAGUCAUCUGGGCUGAGUUUAGAGCACAAAAUUCCUUCAGUGUGUAAUGGCAUCAUGAAUAUUCAUAGUAUUUUUAUAAAACCAAAAUUUGCACUGUUGAUAAAAGAAGGAAAAUUAACUACUGAAAUUUACAAUUUUCUUUCUCACUGCUAAAUCUCCUAAGAACUAUUCCUUGGAAAUUAAGUAGUUUGCAAAAAACAAAACAAAACAAAAACUCAAAAAGCAACAGCAUGGUUCAGUAGUUAAGACCUUGUAUUGCUCUUCAGAGGACCUUUCCUUGGCACAUACUGCACUUGUGUGCAAAUAAAUACCCAUGUAUGAACGGACGUACAAAACACAAAUCUUUAACUUAAGGUUCCAUUGUGUUCUUAUUGACAACUACCCAAAGGACAUUAAAAUCCUACUAAGACCCCAAAUCUUAUUUGUAACCUGCUAACAAUCAUGUGAUAGUUUUAAAAGGUCUCAAGGGGCUUUAGAAACAGAUCAGUGGUUGAUGGCUGCUCUUCCAGGACUGAGAGUGCUAUUCCCAUUGCCCACAUGGCAGCUCACAACUGUCUGUAACUAGAGAUCCAAGAGACCUGCUUCCCCCUCUGGUCUCUUGAGUGCAUUAGGCAUGCACGUGGUAUGCAGGCAAAACAUUCAUAAAUAUUAAAAAGCAUUUUUCACCAAGUACUUUACACAGCUGAAGACACUUCAAGGUAGUGACGUGUCAACUUUACUAGGACCACAGGAAGACAGGGAUUUUUAAUCUCACUUUCAGGAUGCUGGCAGCUGCCAGCUAUCUUCAAUAAGGGGUGUAAUUAAAAAUCCAGUGAUGAUUAAGAAUAUUGUUACGUGAAAGCACUUAAUUCUGGAAAGAAAUCUCUUGGCAAUGCAGGACUGUUGUAAAUACUGUGUAUAUACGUAAGGGGUUGGCAGGUUUUGGAAGGGAUAUAUGACAUGUAGCUUUUUAAAAAGAUCCUCACCCUUACUAUUUAUAAACACACAUUUCCAAGAUAGGACAGCACAUUUUCACAGCGGCUAAGUGUACAUGCACAUAGACUGUGCUAAUUCUUUGCUCUACCUCUUCAACUUUUGUUUCAGAUUGUUUUGUGGUGUAUAACUGUACAUGUGUUAAUAAUGAAAAUGUUGCUGUUAAUGAUGUUUCUAAGAACUGUGACCUUUGUUAAUAAAGUACAAGCUUCAUGUGUAGAAAAUUAAA